AUGGCGUCUCUCAACGGGUUGCCAAACGAACUACUUGUCGAAGUCUUCUCACGCUUAGGGGGCAUCGACGAUGUGAUCAACUUAUCUCAGAGCUUUCCUGGCGCCCAACAAGUCAUAAACACUCGUGGUUUCUACCUAUCCAUCAUGCGAGCUGUAAUUCUCUCCUCACACACUCAUCGCUUCGAUGUUCAGCUGUGUAGGCUUCUAGCGCUACAAAAGGAUCUACCGAAUAGCUUGUCUGCGACUCAGCCCUGCAUCUAUAUCACUCGGGACGCCCCCCUGGCCGUAGCUACCUUUCGAGACGCCAACGAGCUUCGGCUACGCGACAGUAUCCUGGAAGCUGUCCACGGAAUCUCUGAUGAUCAAAUAGACGAUAUCGUUGCUCGCUAUAAGGGACUUCGCACCCUCCAAAGUCUCUAUCUGCUCACCCCUCCAACAGCACCUUUCCUCGAUCCCAACCUCCAAGACAAUGAGCUUCUACGCAGCUCAGAUGCUGUACAAGCACGGAACCCAGAACCUGCCGAUGCGGACCUGUUAUCAAAUGCCUCUCAACGCCUUGGUUACACAAGAGUACUAGACUCUGCGCAGCGUGGGCGCUUUCACGCCGCAGUCACUCACUACUGGAUCUUGCACAUUGUACGAUGGACACAGUGUCACUUCGGCUACCUUUAUCCAUCAAUGGGCAGUAAUCUCCGUUACGACAUCUUAACCUUUCUCGGCCUACAGUGCACAUCACCAUUGCUCGAUACCUUCGACCUCCUCGAGGUUUACAGCUUCCUAUACAAACACCUUCUGCCACGUCAUGCUCGUACCUUGGCAGAUCAGGAUACAUCCAUGACAUAUCUUUCACAUACUUCAGGUUCUUAUCCUGAUGACGGCCAAAGGCUAUUUCCAACUGCUUUACCAUCACUCAACAUUCCGCCAAAUACCCAUUCCCACCUGACAGUCAACCCUACGCUGAGCAGGGCCGGAUACGGCACCGGUGCGGUCAGGCCUCUUGAUACCGUAGGUUCUUUCAAGACUUUCUACCUGGGGGCUUGCGCCGCGCUCAGUCCAGCCGACAUAAUCGAUCUCACCAUUCGGGACUAUCUCAUGCGGCACCCUCCUUACCCACUCCUUACUCCGCCGUCGAGCUCACUUGCAGCCUGGGUGCCCAGCUCCGACUGCAUCAUGGAUCGACAGCAUAGGUGGGUCAGGCUGGGUUCCUUUACCAAUGACCACUCCAUAUAUAGGGGGGUGACACACGACGACCCGCACUUCAUAUUUCUGCAGGAAAGGAUUGUUCUUCUGGCCGCUGAAAGUCUGAAGGGGUAUAAGGGAAAGCUUGAUAGGGUAAAAAUGUGGAACAAUUGGCGUAAAGACGUCAAGGGCUGCGUGUGGUGGUGGGCGGCUUCGGAGGAGAAAGCGAAGAUGAAGGUUCAGAGGUGGAAGGAGAAAGGAUUGUGGCCUCUGGAACACUAAAAGGGGGGAAGGAAUCUGAGGUUCUCUGGGUUUUGCAUGCUUAUAUUCGGCCUUGUGGGGUGUCGAUUUAUUUGGCCUAGGAAGUUGCAUAUACCGCUGCCUGAAGUGGUGGUGCAGUGAGAUUAUGGCUCGUUCAAAAUGGGCGGCUUUGAUCUUCUCAGAUUUCAAAAGCGUGUUGAAGCAUCCUUGAUAGUGGAAAGAGUGUGUAUACAGAUGACUAUUGGAAAGAUUGACGACAGUGACUGUGAUUCAAUAGCGGCACUGCUAGUCAAUAAAAAGCCCCUAGAAGACCUGUGAAAUCGGUGCAUAAUUCCUAUCUGAAGCCUUUAC